AUGUUUCCUUCUUCCUCUUCCUCCUCCUCCGGCUGCUGCUAUACCGCUGCUUCUGCUGCUUACCACUGCGUCUACUCCGUCUCGCCGUCCUCACCGUCUCUGAAACAGAAAGCAAACGCCCGCCUGGCCGCUCGCAGGUCUGCAGUUGUGCAGAAGACCACGAGAAACACAGGAACGGCAAAGAAAAAAGGCGAACCCGUUGAAGGCUGUCUCGUCUCUUUCUUACCCCUUAAUCCGCAUUCGAUCUUCCCUGUCCGUAUAUCCCUACGCCGUUCUACCGUCUCGAAACGGUCUCCAGUCGUUGUUCAUACCGAAACAAAGCUCUUUGCAACUGUAAAUAGAAGCUCCGGCAGCUCAAGAAUACCUUCUCUCGGAACGGCCCCCACGGAAGUGACAUACACACUUAUACAGGCAUACACCACACACAUAUCAAGCUUCCUCGCCUCGCUCGCCGUUUUGUUAGACCGUUGGAGAGAGACUGAGGGGGGAGGAAUCGCUGGGACCGUCUACAAGGGACCGUCGAGACUGGUCGCGCUUCACCGCAACGUAUAA